CAAGUCUAACCUCUGACCCUCCUGCUGCAGUUUGAGCCAGUCGCCUGGGCUCACCUAGUCCCAGCUCUUCCUACCCCUGGAGACACCGCAUCGGAAGAAAUUUCGGCCUCUUCUCUCUGCAACGAGACGACGGCGGACAGGUCGACGGUUUCCACGGCAACCAGUCGGCGCGGGAACCCUGGCGCAUGCGCCCCAGCCCACCACUGUCCAAUCAAGGCGCGCGGGCGUUAAGAAUCGGCCAAUGAAAGCCCUUCUGGGCGCUCUUCCCCCGCCUUCGGGAUGGCUCAGAAGGAGAAUGCCUACCCUGGACCCUAUUCCAUCUCUAAGUCCGGCCUGAACACGCUGCCCCAAAGGGUGCCCUACAAGGAGCCGACCACCCCGUCCUCCGCUCUCCUCAUGGGCCGCGCCAAGACCGCCCUGCUGCCCUCCAGCGCCCAGGCCUCAGCAGGCCCCGGCCGGGUGGUGGUGGUGGAGGGCAGCUCCGCCAAACCGACGCUCCCCGAGCGUCACUUCACCAUCGACGAUUUCGAGAUCGGGCGGCCGCUGGGCAAGGGCAAGUUUGGGAACGUGUACCUGGCCCGUGAGAAGCAGAGCCAGUUCAUCGUGGCCCUCAAGGUCCUCUUCAAGUCGCAGAUGGAGAAGGAAGGUGUGGAGCACCAGCUGCGCAGGGAGAUCGAAAUCCAGUCCCACCUGCGCCACCCCAACAUCCUGCGCCUCUACAACUAUUUCCACGACCGGCGCCGGGUCUAUCUGAUCCUGGAGUACGCCCCCCGAGGGGAGCUCUACAAGGAGUUGCAGAAGAGCCACCAUUUUGACCAGCAGCGAACGGCCACGAUCAUGGAGGAGCUGGCCGACGCCCUCCAGUACUGCCAUAGGAAGAAAGUGAUUCACCGAGACAUCAAACCCGAGAACCUGCUCAUGGGCCUUCGCGGGGAGCUGAAGAUAGCUGACUUCGGCUGGUCCGUCCAUGCCCCCUCCCUCAGGCGGAAGACCAUGUGCGGGACACUGGACUACCUGCCCCCCGAGAUGAUCGAGGGGCGCACCCACGACGAGAAAGUGGAUCUGUGGUGCAUCGGCGUGCUGUGCUACGAGCUGCUGGUGGGCAACCCCCCCUUCGAGAGCCCCUCCCACAGCGAGACCUACAAGCGCAUCACGCAGGUGGACCUGAAGUUCCCCCCGUCAGUCCCUGCUGGGGCCCAGGACCUGAUCUCCAAACUGCUGCGGCACAACCCCGCCGAGCGGCUCCCCCUGGCCCGUGUUCUCGACCACCCCUGGGUGCGGGCACACUCCCGCCGCGUACUGCCCCCCGUCCAUGGCCUCGCCCCCCCCAACUGAGCCUGACUCCCACCCGGUCCCCCGGGGGGCGGGGGGCACGGGACGGCGGAGACCGGGCCCCCCCUUCCCUCCCCGUCCUCCGCCUCCUCUGUGACUGUUGCUGCUGCCUGGUUGUCCCCCAUUCCUGCCAUCCCCACCUACUCGCGCCCCCCCCCCCUUCCCCGGCCUCAGCGCCCCCCACCCCUCAACGAGAAUCUCUCUGUACUGUAUUUAAUAAAGGAUCAGCCGCGGC